AGGCAGUGUUUGAGGCGCCUGAAACUGAGAGUGACACCAAUGGUACUAUUUACAUUCACGUGAAUCAACUUCUACCAGAUGACGGUGUAUUGGUUGAUAUGAGAGCUUACAUAGCCAACAGUAGCAUGAGUACACAAGAAGAAAUAGACCUGCUGUGGAGCGGAUUAUCCUCUGUGGCGAAAAGCUCUGACGGUUUCUUUGACCCUUCCACCCUUCUGGUACUAAGUACAGUUUUAUGUCCAAACACCUCUUGGUCAUCUCCGUAUGGUAUUGUCCAGUUUUCGUCAGGAGACCUUCAUUCGUGGAUUGAAUCGAGUGGAGAAUGUCCAUUUUUCACCAUCAAGGAUGGAGAGCCAAUAGCACGAGCCGUCUGCUCCGGUGAUUAUAUCUAUCCUUGUGCAUGGGUACCUUCAGAUAACUGCGGUGUCAAUAAAACAGCUGAUCAACUCUUAAUCUACUUAGAAGAGAAUCUGAUGACUGGUGAAAGCGACAUUCAGGACGCCCUGUCAGUAUUGACUGGGAUCUCCCAAGACACGAAUGUUACUUCUGCUGGGGUCGAUGCUGCCUUUGACAUCAUUCACCAGACAGGGUCGAUUUCUCAACCAACCCAAGAGAAUGUUGCCUCAGUCGUGGACAUCGUAAGCAACCUGGCCACGUUAGACCAAUCCCUCACCAUGGAUGCUGAGAAGAAGAAUGGUGCUGUCAGCAGAGCCACCAUGGCCUUGGAGAAAAUCCUUCUAGCAGUCAAUGUGCCAUCCAACCAGACCUUCCAACAAGUGGCACCAAACCUAGUGGUACAGGUAAUCAACUCUGAGUCUGAUGGUGUCCGUGAUGGGAUUGCCUUCUCCAUCAUCGGCGAUGACAGCCAAUCCUUUGAUGAUAGUGACAUCCAGCUAUCCACCAACAAUCUCGGCAAUGGUAACCGAGGUGGUGUUGUCCAAGCAUCAGUCGUCAUUGGGCCAGAGACCAUUGAUGAAGGCACCGUGGGGAAUAUAGCAUUUACUGUGUUCCGAGACGAUGCAUUGUUUGUAAUGGACGGUGGUCAAGACAAUCAGGUGGGAAGCAAUGAUGGGCGUCGCAAUAUCACGGUCAAUACUAAUAUCAUCGGAGCGAGCCUUGGUACGAGUGAAACCAAACCUCUGAAUGAUCCGGUCACCAUAACACUGGAACACAAACAGCGAAAUGCAACAAAUCCGCAGUGUGUCUAUUGGGAAUAUUCCACUAAUGCUUGGUCAAGCGAUGGCUGUGUUUUGACAAUCACUUCCGAGACACAUACCGAAUGCCAGUGCAAUCAUCUAACAAGUUUUGCUGUUCUUAUGGAUGUGAGUGGGAUCCCCAGAAGAUCUGAGAGAGUUGAACAAGUGUUUGGGAUUCUCAGCUACAUAGGAUGUUCUCUCUCUAUUGUAGGCCUCUUGGUGACCCUGGCUGUCUACGGCACUGAUAGGCACAUCCGGAUCUUAAUGUGUCUCUGCAUCACGCUCCUCUUCCUGUACGUCUUCUUCAUCAUCAUGACAGCACUCGACCGAUAUCCUGGAGAACCCGAGGUCGGUCCAGGUCUGUGUGGGGUCAUCGCCGCUGUCCUCCACUUCACCACGCUCUCAUCGAUGUCCUGGAUGGGCGUUGAAGGGAUAAACAUGUUCCUAAUGGUUGUCCGUGUCAUGGACUCGUAUAUCCCACUCUUCAUGAUGAAAGCCUCCACCAUUGCAUGGGGAAUACCUGCUGCGAUAGUAAUCCUUACUGGUGUUAUCUCGAGACAGAAUUACGCCAACUCCGACUACUGUUUUCUUCAGAAAUGGCCACUCGUAGGCGGUCUGCUCAUCCCAAUGGCCUUCAUUCUCGCUCUUAAUCUGAUCAUCUUCGCUCUCGUUAUGCGUCGUCUCAUGCGCAUCAAAUCGGGUGGCAGGAAUGCUAGCGAGUUAAAAUCAGAAGCCCGCCACGAGAUCAUGCGCCGUCUCACAAACGGGAUCGGCGUCCUCCUCCUACUUGGUUUGACCUGGCUCGUUGGAUACUUCACCGUGAUCGAACAACUCAAUCUCGCAGUCCAUGUCAUCUUCAUUCUACUCAACUCUCUCCAAGGAUUCUUCAUCUUUGUUUUCUACGUUCUCCGACAACCGCAAAGCCGUGCGCAUUUGCGGGAACACAUGGGUUGCUGUCUCCACGAUUCACCCUUGACGACAAAUGCAGGUCCGAUGAGUAUGAAACAGACUACGAUGACAGGAACAGAGAAUUCGAUUAACAAGUCUGUGUUGAGUGAAUCUGAUAUUGAUGUAAAAUAUCCAUGACGAAGUAUGUGAGUAAUGCAUUACCCUAAAUUACUCACAUUUCUUUUCAACAUUCAAUUUUGGUAUAGGCCCAAUCAUUUGUAAAACUCUGAGUCUAGUCAACUGUAAUCACUCUACUUAAAACAAUUUGAAAGAUUAACAAAAAAAAACUGACACAACAAAACUUGAAGUAUUUACAUUCGCUGACAUCAUAUCUGAAGCUACAAAAUAACAAUUAUGGAAUGCUGUAUAGAUAUUUCGAUUGGUUUUCAUAUAAGAUAACAUUAAACAAAAAGAUUAACAUACUUGUUGUAAUAUGAACCAUUGAAAUACUAAUCGUUUAUGUGCAUGGUGGAUGCUUAGAAUAUGUAGCAUUUUUUAAAUAUAUCUUCUGGUCAAGUUAAUUUGUUUCCCAAAAUGUAAAUACAAUAUUUGUUACCUUUCUGUUACUCCGUUGGGUAAAAUUGAGUAAAUUUUGAACUUGUAUGUUUGUUAGAUAAAAUAUUACUGGAUAAAUCUGUUCCCAAUUAGGGUACAUCAUACC